AUGGUUUCUGAUUGACAGUGGAAGGCCAUUGCCCAGAGCACAGUCAGUUAAUUUAUAAUGUUUCUCGGGUUAUGCUCCACUCGACGGAGCCCCCGUGAAGAGAAGCAGUCGGCCCUGUCAUGGCUGCUGCAGGCGCAACGCGGUGAGCGGCAUUUCGGAACAUGCGAACCAUGACACUCGGUAAUAGCGCGUUGUUACCUCUAUCAAGAGUUCUCUUGCCUCUACUGCUAGCUCGAUACUUCAGCCCAGGCUACGCGUGGGAAGCAUGUGCGAUACCGUACGGAAAGCCGACUUCAACUUCAAGCUACGAAUGGUGGGAACGCACUUGUGCAGCCCACGUACCAGGCGAGGACAGGGAAGACUGCUAGUGACUUUGAAGCAAAGGUUCGACUCACCCGCCAAGCUCAAACACAGCUUUCGGUGUGCUAUUCUCUGUCUUCCUCUCGCUAGCGCAGAGCUAUACUAGAGCACACGAUAUUACCGUCAAUAAGAAAAUACCUCCUUACAAGAGGCCGGUGCCGAUUUAAUUCUUCUGCACUGCGGGAAAGCUGACACAAUGCGCCGGCGUAUUACCGUCAGCGCUCGCUGAGCGCCGUGCAAAUGACCCAGCUCCGAACUGAACUCGGAUGUGCUCUGCGCUCUGCGCUCACCGCGCGCACAGGAACCCCAGCACCUACACCGUUCACCUAGUGAGCUCUACACAGGACUACUUCAGACUUUCGUCUUUAUAGCGUGGGGUCACCGGUACAAAUGGACCAGAUCUCAAGCUUGGGUCUGCUAGUGAGUAGGAAGAAUUGAGUUUCCGCUUCUAUUACUCGAGCUAAGUAGUAGACGAAUGCAGCUUCUCGCCAAGUUUCGCCUUAUUCGUUUCGGAUUCCAUUCUCGCUGCUGUAACUUGCAACCAUCGUCAUCGACUUCACGGGCGUGUCUGAUCCGUGUGUCUCUAGUGUCGUUGUGGACGACCGACAUACGGCCUGUGAGAUCGUGGCAGCGAUCCGUGUAUACAGGACUCGAAAGCAAUCACGGAACACUUUGCAAGCACAUAGAGUCGCCUCUUCGCCAGCACACAGUUGCUCCCCCCUCAGCAAGCGCUGCAGUUGUCGAAUUUUCUGCACCGGGUUCGGAUACAUCGAGGUGGAAGUUCUCCGUUUACUGGGGCUCCACUUUGCAGCAAUCCAGGACUCACCUACGAAUCGUCGUUCGAAGUGCCCCGAGCAGUCCGGAACUCUCAUCACAAUCGUGAACGUGAUGGCAUCAAACACAAGAUCCAGUCACCGACUCCACAUACAGCCUACUGGUGGUCUGGCUCUGCGACCAUCACUGAUGAUUGUCUGCCUGCUCAUUGUCACGCUGGCAGUGGCGUGCUGCGACGGCAAUACUCAGUCAGACUUUGAGCAGUUCGUACUAAGACCAGCCAAACAAGUACCGCGUACAGUGGACACGGAGGGUGAGAACUCGGUGGCAAUCUUAGAGGCACUGCUCAAUCGCAUCCGCGAGCAGCAGAUCGAGCAAGAGAUGAUCCGAGCGUCGAUGACCACAGCACCUCCGACGACCACUGUCCGUGGUGGCCGCACUCCUACAAACAGCAAUGGCCAGGGCAAUACCGAGAAUACCAAUAACAACGAUGCUGGGGACGGCGUGAACAAUGAAAGUCCCAUUGAUGAUGACCGUACAGCGGUGGGCCAUACGGCUGGGUUCUGCGUGCGCCAGACCGAAGAAGCAGAGCUAGGCUUUGGCCUUAAUACAGAUGCACAUCGCCGAUUUCUAAUGGUUGAUGUUGGCAAAUGUGUGCGACUGAGAGAAAGACCGUCAGCUGAUACUCAGAACAGUUCCUCAGUCCACCUAAAGAAAUGCCGGCGAUGCCAGAGUUGUGUUCCCGUGGAGACGGAGCAGAAGACGUUUCUGACUCGCGAAGGCCCGAAGACGGUGGACGUUGUCAAUCGCUGUGGCUGUCUACCGGAGGAAAUCCAAAACAAGCCGAAAUCGGUUUGGAAGAAGUGCCAAAGAAACACUGCAUUCAAGAUAAUGUACAAGGGAACGCGUUUCGAAACGGAGGUCGACGUCGGAAACUGUGCCGGGUCAUGCCGAAAUCAGACAUGUCAAGUUGCCGAGGAGAAAUGCCAUGUGGUCAAAGGACCCAAUGGCAAGGAGUGUGUAAAGGUCAUCAAGAGUUGUGCGUGCGGCAAGUCUUGUCGCCGCAGGCCCUACAAGAAAGCCUAUCGAGAGUAUAUCCAUGACAAUGAUGUGGACGGCGGUCGCUAUCAGACCAAGAUUGUUGAUGUUGGCCGCUGUGAUGGUCCCUGCCCUCGACUCUCAAGACAGGAAUAUUGUGAGAAGAUCAGAAGGCAAUUUCAUUUCCUCUGCAAGCUGAGUACAUCGCCAGUGCAGCUGCGUUGCGCGCCGUCCUCCGUGCGACCCGUCAUCAUCCGCACGUCACGUGACCACUCCAUACGGGUCAUGUCAAUACAGACGUGUGCGUGUCGGGAGAACUAGUAUUAGUUCCUAUCUAGGAGUGUUAUACCUUAUACCAGUUUUCUUGUCAGUGGUGUGGCCGAUAUAAUUAUAUGAUGUAACAGAAUGCUAUGUGAAAUUUCGAUGAAAUUUGAUUUUGAUUUUCUCUACAAAUGCUUAUGAAGGCAAAAAGUGCUUUAUGUACCGAUUUCUUUACGAAUAUAUUCCGUUCUACCGCUAUUGGUGCAUUUCAUUUGUGCAAGAUCUUGAUUGAUGCCUUGAUCCAAUUACGAAUAUCUUCUUGCCGUUUUUACCUUGAAGACAUGUUUUAAAACCUAGGAUAUAAUUUCCCAUUCAACAACCAUGACGUACUUUCUAAAACCCUGGAAAGAAGGGGAUGUGACUUACAAUCGAGUGUGAAUUUCUGCUUAUGCGAAUAAAUUGAAACA